UUGAGGCGUCACUAUCGCUCCUGGAAAAUUAACGAAUUUAGUGAUUUUUACUUACAGUUUAGUGUUUUAAUCAUGGGAAAACGUAAAAGAAAAGAUGAUUUGGAAAGACAGUUACGAAAGCUAAGAAGGAAAAUUGAUAAAUUAGAGGACAAAACUUCGAAAGGAUCCUCAAGAAAACAGUCACGGUCAAGAAGUCGGUCUACAAGUGUAGGCCCCCCAAGUACAUGUAUAUCUCCAACAAGUGUACGAAGCCGGUCUCAAAGUUUUGUUUGUCACUUCAAAUAAGAAGACAUUCACCAGAUUAUCGUACAGACAAUCCACCCACUACAUGGGAGCCUAACAUUGAUGGCAGGACUGCUCUCCGGUGCAGUUUUUUUUAAGCAUUAGGAUUAAGUAAGGAAUCAGUUAUUGUUAUGAUUUGCUCAAUAUCAGAAAACACACUCAAACAAUACUCGCCUUAUAUCAAAGAUUGGGUUACAUACUGUCAUACAAACCAGAUAAGUACAAUAAAGGCUAAUAUUCCUGAGAUUAUAACUUAUUUGACAAAAUGACCUGGUUCAAGAUGACCAUCCAACUGUCAUGGAUGCUGAAGAUGCACCAACAAUUUCUCCAGACAAAUCUAUGCCUGCAGAUGAAUGUGGUGAAUCGAAUGAGAUUGAUGUGGAGAUUUUGGGGGCUAUGGGGACCGUGGAAGAGGAAUUAGCUGUUGGGCCUACCAUCCAUACUGAGAUAGCUCAGAGGUGGACACCUGUCCUCACUAAAGGACUAAAGAAAGAAGACAAAGCAUCGCUUCUUAAGAAUUAUGUCGCUUUUAGCAAUGUGCCAGCUAUGGUACCACCAAAACUUAACCCAGAGUUGCUACAUGCCCUAACAGACCCAGUGAAGAAAAGGGAUGUUAUUAUUGAAUUGCGCCAAAAGAAUAUUUCUGCAGCAUUAGCAGCUAUUGGGUUAGGAUUACACUGUUUUUUAACAAAAGGAGACAAGGUGGAAGGUAUUAAGAAUAUAAAUGAUGCUGCAAGGAUAUUAUGUGAUGUCAUUUAUACUGAAACAAUAGGCAGAAGAGGGUUGAUCCAGGGUGUGGUGAACAAACAAAUGAAAGACUCACUACAGGCGAGCCCAGAUGAAUUGCUUUUUGGCAAUGGUCUGACAGAAAGAAUAAAGACUACAAAGGCUGUACAGAAAUCUGCUCAGGACUUGACAAGAACGAACCAAUCACCUCGACCAUGCAUGAAAAACCAGAAGGCUUUAAACUCGCGGGCCCCUCCUCAACACAAACCCAGAAACAAGGAGAACCAAUUUCAUGUAAGAGGGGGGAAGAAGAUGACCCAGACUCCACAAGUAAAGAAGCCAGGACCACUUCAGAGGCGCUACCCCACUUACAACAAUCACCCAGGACGCAAAUAAAUUACCAGGUGGGCUGAUUACCCUUUUUUCAAGAUAUAUGACAAUCUAUCACAGAUGAUCCAAUUAUCUUAACUUGGGUAUCGGGAUACUCACUUGAUUUUUUCAGAAAUCCAGUCCAAAAUAUAAUCCCUCUUAACAAUAGUUUUACUCAGGCUGAAAUGAUUCUAAUCAGAAAGGAAGUUAAGGACUUACUUAGCAUUCAGGCUAUUGAAGUCUGCAAUCAAACAGAAAUUCAAUUUUGUUCACCAAUUUUCUUAGUAAAGAAACCAAAUGGACAAUAUCGCUUCAUUCUUAACCUUAAAAGAUUAUUUAAAGGAUUCUUUAGAUUAAGACCAUGUGCUCCUAAAUAUGAUUAUACAUGGAAUGUAUCAGAAGUGUUAAAUUAGAUAGAAAAUGUAUAUGCAUCAUGUCAUAACUUAGAAAUGUGUUCAAAAAAGACUGUUACUCUUUUAGUUUUUAGCAACGGGUCAUAGGGCCCAGACCAUUUGUACCAUUGAUAGAGACUUAAUUAAGAUAGAGUCUAAUGCUGUUUAUAUUCAAGUAACCAAAUUAGUUAAGACCUCAGCACCAAAUAGGUUACAACCUUUCAUAAGAUUACCUUUCUUUUGUGACAGGCCAUUUGUUUGCCCUGCUUGUGCUGUAAUUGAUUAUUUGAAUAUGACUAAAAAUAUUAGAAAAGAUAGUAAGAAUCUUUUUGUGUCUUAUAGAAAACCUUAUAAUCCUGUGACUGUCAGUACAAUCAGCCGUUGGACUAAGACCGUGCUAAAAGAAAGUGGUAUAGAUAUGAAUACCUUCUCUGCUCACAGCACGCGACACGCGUCAACAUCGACAGCUCUAAAGAGAGGCGUUUCCAUUGACGAGAUCAGGAGAACGGCUGGUUGGACAGAUAGUUCUACUUGUUUUGCUAGGUUCUAUAACCGUCCUAUAAGGAAUGUAAGUUUUGCAGAAGCUGUAUUUUCUUAAUUUAUAAUUUUUACGUUUAAGUAAUUGUUAUUAGUUAGUAUUGAUUAACCUAACUAAUAAAUCAUCUGAUUUUA